AUGGUGGCAUUAAUAUCUUCAUGGCUCUGUUUAUUUUUACUAAUUACUGCUAACUGUAUAUCAUUGGCGCUAUUUGAAUCAACAGCUGAUUGUGAUAGCUCAAAGAAGGAUUACUGCAGUGGGGAGCAGCAGAGAUUGAGGAUUGAUGUUGAGGGGAAGGAUCGAGAAAAGCUGAUCGAAACAAUUUCUUCAACAAAUAUUGAAGGAGAGGAAAAAGAGGGUGAACAUUUACAAUCAGAAAGAGAGGAAGAAAUAAAAUUUAGAAAAAUGAAGAUUUUUGAAGAUGCAACACGUUUACUAACUCGCAACAUACGAAAUGCAAUGGCUUGGAUGUCCAGUUCGGAUUCCAAUAUUGGUUUGAUUAACAAUUUACAAAACAAUAAUUUAAUCAAAGAUAAGCGUGUGAGAGAUGCUAUGUUAAAAGUGGAUCGAGGUGAUUUUACAACUGUAACACCGUAUGGUGAUCAUCCGGUUUCCAUCGGUUACGGUGCUACAAUCAGUGCUCCACAUAUGCAUGCAUCUUCUUUGGAACUUCUAAAGGAUCAUCUGAAGGAAGGGAAUCGAGCAUUGGACGUCGGAUCAGGUUCCGGUUACUUAACAGCUUGUAUGGCAAUAAUGGUUGGUGAAAGAGGAAAAGUAGUUGGCAUAGAUCAUAUUCAAGCUUUGGUAGAUGAUUCAAGGAAUAAUAUCAGGAAGCACCAUGCUGAUUUACUGACUGAUCGCCGUAUAAUUCUUUUAAAAGGAGAUGGUAGGAAAGGCUAUGAAAAAGAGGCACCGUACAAUGCUAUUCAUGUUGGAGCUGCUGCACCUGAAAUUCCUGCUCAGUUGAUAGAGCAGCUUGCUAAAGGUGGAAGGAUGCUGAUUCCGGUCGGUCCCGAAGGUGGUCCUCAACAGUUUGUACAGGUUGACAAAGAUGUUGAUGGGAAUGUGACAGAAAAAAAUUUAAUGGGUGUAAUAUAUGUCCCCUUGACUGAUGAAGAGCGUCAGCUCUACAAUUAA